UUGGACACACGUCAAGUGAUUUCUCGAAUGACCAAACGAUUAGACAAGCCCCAAGGAAUUAAGAUGUAACGAAUUGUGCAAAGAAAAUCCCCGAAAAUGUCGGAUUUAUUCUCAAACCUCGAACACAACCUCAGACUGGCAGAAGGGACAGGGGUUUCAGGAGUAUCGAAAGGUCUCAGUGAACUCCAGGAGACGCUCUCCAGCACGUCAGUGCGCGCUGACAUUACCACAAACUCCCUGACCCUCGAGCACCCCCUAACAUGGAACUCCCUCCUCCUGCGUUGCCACCAGUGCCUUGUGAACCUCACGAAGUGUACAAGGGACCGCAAAAGGCCGGCGUUACAACGCCAAAGCAGUUGUUGCAGCAUCCUAACCCUAAUAAUGCGCUACGCAAGCACCCCCACGGCGGUCUACCUAGACCUCACCAACCUGAUGCAGCUGGUAAACGAAAUUUUAACCGGUCCAAAUUACGAGGAGUGCCACAACGAGUACAUGGUGAUCCUCCACGACUGCAUCCUCCCGAACACCCUGUACCGAGCCCAGAUGACCCUGGAGGACUGGAGGAACCUCCUGGACAUCUCCGUGAGCCUCCACAAGUCCCAGUACUCGAACAAAACGAUUCUCAUCGAAAUCGUGAGGAAGAUCGUCCUUUACGGAUGCCAAAGAGGUGACUUUCACCAGGAAGUCCUGGCCCUCCUUCCUUUCCUCUUGGAGCUCUUCAAUGACGUCGUCAUCAACCCCUCGAUGCUCCUCAACCCAGCCUCUCGACUCCUUACGACGAUAAUCCAACAGAUUGGAACGGAGAAUCGUCGCACGUUGUGCGAAUUCACUGAGAAACUCUUGCCUUCAGUCCUGAGCAUUCUGACGGCAGGAGGAAGAGAACGAGACGAGCUGCUGUACCACAUCGUCCUUCUGCAUCACCCCCGAGGGGCCACGAGGGCAGAGGGAACGUCAUACGCCAACAGCUGGUCGACCUGGCGAAGAAUCAUGCUGACAAUCCAGAAUUCGAUUUUCAGGGGGCUGGAGCCUAUGCUCUUGGAGAAGGGAUUCCUGGCUCUGGGAACUGAGGUGCUGCAUCAGGUGCUGGUGGACGAGGCUUAUAAAAAUGAGGUUGUCAAUGGAACAAUCGACGAUGAUGGAGAACUGGGUCCCCAAGCCAAACGUCGCAAGCUCUUCCACAGCAUUCAGUCACCCCUGGACCUCUUCGAUAAGGAAUUCAGCGGGAAAAAUCUAGAGAAUCGUUGGCCAGUGGUGCAGCUCCUCACAACUCUCCUUACGAAGUACCCUGGGACCCUCAAAGCCUCCCACUUUCAGCCGAUCCUGAAGAUCACCAGCGAGCUGUUCACCGAAGCCACUAAGGAGCCCAAAGUAAUGGAUACCCUGUGUCACCUGGGGAGAACACUGAUCAAAAUCGAGAGGACAAGCUUUGGGAAUCUUGAGAAACGCAGCAGCAAGUACUGGGACAAGAUCUUUGAUAAUGUUCUCAUCACUUUGGGAAAGGGUCACAACGAGGUGGAGGGUCACAAGCUGCUGCAGAUGCUGAUAGAGUACCGAGGGGUUCACAAUGUCAAUGCUUUUGUCAAUCUCUACUUCACGAAUGCCAUCAAGUGGUCCAGCUCGAGUGUCGAGACUCUUUUGGUUCUCUGCAGUCACGUAGUCAUCCUCGAGGACUCGAGCCCCAAUUCUGGGAGGUGGGAGGGACAGUCGGACAGGCAGAGGCUCAUCAGGUGGGGCCUGGAGGUCCCAGGGUGCAGGGUCCUCUCUCCUGAUGCUCUUGAAAAGGUCACCAAACUCGUCACUGGGCUCGUCUUGAAGACCUGGGACAGACGAUUCGCCGGGUUCCAAAUUCCCGGGGAAGUUGAGCUACUGGAGUUCCAUGAGGACGAUCUGAGGUGUAUCGACUCCAUCCAGAAGUGCCAUCUAUCCCUGGACUUCGAGACUGAUCUGUUUGAUGGGGAAGUUGUCAAGUGCCCGGAGAAAGCAGAGCCCCUCAAGCUAUCGAUUGCAGAGAGAAACUUCAAUUUCUGUCUUGGAAUGAUUUCCGAUCUUCUGGACUUUCCUGGAGAACUACCAGAGGACGUCAGCUCCAUCAUCUCCAGAUUAACAAUUGUCGCGAAGUGUCUGUCCAACUUUCUCGAGCUAGAGGUGGAGUGCGGGGAGCUGGAAUCAUUAAUCUCUGAAUUUGUGAUUCAAUUUUCGGAUGUUCUGGAGAUGAUGAGUAAGAAUGGGAAAUUGAAGCGAGGGGAUGCUCACGUGGUCGGGGUCCUGAAGGCGUUGGUAACAUUGUUCUCGUCGAAGUAUCACAAGAGGAUAGCCACGAUAAUUCUGGAGGGUACACCCAGGGAAAUACUGAAGUGUCUCUUUCUCAUCCUGAAUUUUGAGGAGAAGAGUGAACCGAGUGACUUGCGACAGUUGGGGAUCAAGUAUUACGAGAGGAUUUUUGACAUGAAGAGCUCGUCCGAGGAGAAGGAGUCACAAAUAACUAUUGGAACUCAUCAAGUCCUCACGGCCUUCUCCCUCCUCCAGUCUGGCGCUCUAAUUUCCGAACGUCAGUUUAAAGUCCUGAAAAACCUCUUGAAAGCCGAAAUUUACAAGGCAAAACUCCUCACAAACCUCUGGAAGGCUCUCGCCCUUCUCCAAUCAAUUCUCAAAACUCCACCUGCAUUCUUCAUCCCCAAUGAUCUCCCCGUCCACAUCGGCAACUUCAUCCUGGGCCUGUUCCAGUUGUGGGAUAACGACUUCCACGGGGUGAAAGGCAUUCUUGAGCUUCUCCCAGGGUUCAUUGAGCUUUUUUCGAAAAUCCAGAUCGAUUACGAGGGUCUCCUAGGAGUCCUCAAGGCCUCAGUGAACACUCGGGAUAAGGGGUAUUCAGGACCUGUGAUCCAGACCACUUAUCUGGAAGCCAUGUACAGAAUAAUGAAGCUGAAACCCUCGUCGAGUCCUCACCUGAUGACCUCUGAAGAACUCUUCAGGUACGUCUGCUCUGAUCUUUACGUUGUGCGUAUGGAAUCCUUGAAGAUCCUUCACUUGAUGUUCUCCUCCAACGCGAUUCCCAUUGUCCACAAGAAGCACCUCGUCGAGAAGAUCGAGGAGAUGGAGAUGAGCAAAACCAACAGCAUCUUCGUAGUCAACCAAGAUCUGUCCCCAAAAGCCCUUGAGGAUGAGGAAGUGAAUCGAACAGUCACUUCCCUCUACGUCCUGGGAACCGUCAUUCACGCCAGUGGAGUCUUCCAUCCUCAGGCCCUCAACAUAAUGUUCAGACUUCACACGAAGAGAGGUCAAGAGAUCAGUCUCAUGAAGAAGAUCUUCUCAGCUGCUAUCCCGAGGGAGAACGAACGACUGACCCUGAUCAGGAAUAAUCUUUACGACUUGAUGAAGACUGGAAUGCAGCAGGGGGUGUCCAUAGGAAACUUCUGGAAGAUGACCAACUGCUCCUCUGAGGUCGACUUCUAUGAGACCUACAUCGGGAUAUUCAUCCUAAUCAAAUUGGAGAUCCAUGAGUUCCAUAAGAUCGAGACGCUGUGUCAGAGGCUGGGGGUUCCCUUUGCCAAAGCCAUCGAGGAUAAUUUUCCAGCUAUUCUCUCCUGGAUGCUGGCAGCAAUGGUCAAAGUCCCUGAUCGAGACGCCCGUCGCUAUCUCGAGGAAAUUUAUGUCAAGUUGAGAGAAAAUUCUGGGCCCUUCAAAUAUGUCAGAAAAUUUUCAGAGCUCCUGGAGGAGAAGCUAUCAGACGUACUGCUGGAUUUUCUUCAGAGGCUCCAUGACCGAGAUCAUUUUAAAAAGACCUUCCAGGUGUCCGUUUACUUUCCCAAGAUGACGGUUCCCAAUUUCAGAUGCGAAGUCAUCGUGAAAGGUUUGGAUGAGUUGAAGAGAUGCGUCAUGGGGGAGUCUAGAGGUUCUCUGGUUCAGUAUCUGAUUGUUAAGCAUCCUGAUAUGGUGCAGAAGAUACUCUCCACCCUCGUCAGGAACAUCCAUGACCAAACUAUGAUAGAGUACAAACUAAAAGUCUUCCACCACUACUCCUUCUUCUGCCAAUUGUUGAUGUCUGAGAUUGGCGAGGAGUACUUCAACGAAAUGUCGACAUUCGUCGUUCGUGAUAUCUCCUACACCCUCGUUCACUUCCUCAAGGACACCAACAAGCUCUUCCUCCAGAUUGUCUUAGAUUUCAUGUACCAGUUCCUGAAGAAACUCCUCCCUUCGAGGUCCAGAGAGGUCUCUGGAAUCCUCAACUACUUGACAACCAAUUUAAUCUCGAUGAUUCAGUCUUCUAAGGACAAACAGGCGAUUAAAAUCCUGAAACUGUUGAUCACUGAGAGCACAGAAGACCUUCAGGAGUCGAUAAAGACCCUGGGGGCGUUCCCAAACACCCAGGAGUUCGACGAGAUUCGAACGGUCUACAACUCUCUGAAGGAGGCGAGGAACGAGACUUGGACGUUGGCGAGUGAGAUGGAGCACUUUCUCAACGCAGGACAGGAGAAAACCCUGAGCUGCAGCAUUGAGGGGCUAGUGCACUUGAGGAAGCAGUUGUCAGAGCAUCGGGACGAACUCCAGAGGAUGUACAAGGACCUGGAGAAACUCAGGGGCUUCGCCGAGGACUGCGCCUCCAGUGUCUUACACAGGUUGACGUACAGACUGAUCAAGCUGACUGAGUCUUCAAACGUGAACAUGACAUUGGAGGCCUCCAAAUGUCUGGGAGAGCUGGGGCCAACGGAUCUCACGACAAUGAUCUUGCACCCUGAGGAGGGACACCUGCAGGAGAGUGCGGAAGCGAUCGACAUGCUGACGGAGACGAUAAUCUCAAAGCUGUCGGAUCAUCUGAUAGAAGACAGCUUGGAACUGCGAGAGGCAUCGUCAGCCGCUUUGUACAAGGUGUAUUCCUCCCAUUGGGGGCAGCAAAUCAUCAAGAAGUAUAAGAAGGACCUGGGGAAGGGCGGUCCAGGCGACGCCAUGUUAACGAUCCUCAAGAACACGCGUCCCUUCCUGAUGAAGUCGACUGCGAGGGCCAGAGGGGUUGAGGUGGACGGAAAGAAGUGCGCGAUGUGCUUCAUCCACAACAACGACAUCUGGAAGGGCGAGGGUGGAGACUCGUACUCCUCCUGGAUUAAGAGGAUCACCUGCACUGUUCUCGGCUGCUUCAAGGAGUUGUACACCUCCUCCCUGAUUCCAGUGUGCGGGUUGAAUGUGGAGUUCUGUGAGAGCAUUCUUCCCAGGUUGAUUUUCUUGCUGACGAAGACUGCCGAGGAGUUGUUGGAUUAUGUUUGUGGGUGCAUCAACUUGUUUUUCGAGGGCUACUUCCAGGCAGCGAGUUUUACCGAGCAGACGUUCUCGCCUGUCAGUCCGAGGAUGGAGGUCUUCAGUCAUGAGUCGGUUAGGUGCAUGUUGAACAUUGUCAACUUCCUCCGUAUCCAAUCGUCCAACAAUUUCGAGUCAAAGUUGAAUUAUCUCCCCAUCGCGAAGGCCGCCCAAUACUGUUCGGCGUAUUUCACCUCCCUCCUGUACGCGGAGCUCUCCUCCGAGGCGUUAAAGAUGUCCCUCCGACCCCGCAACAACAUAUCAGUGAUCGAUCAUCUCUGCGAGGCCCGUCCCGAUGAGGGCAAGGCCCUCCAAGAGAUCCUUCGCGAAGCGUUUAUCAAGAUCGGAGACCCCGACUCGAUCCACGGUUGCGGUCUUUCCCACCUCAAGGACCAGUCCUCCCGUAUUCAACAUUACAUUCAAUUCAAUAAAUGGGACAUAGCCAUGACCGCACAGGACGUGGAGCUUAGUUCAGGCUUGUCCUGCUCUAGAGGCAUGAUCAACGCCCUACAACACACGGGUCUAGACCACCUCCUAAGUAAAUACCUCAGCACGAUUAAGAACGAAGAGAAUGUAGAAGAGUACGCUUACGAGACGGCUUGGCGUCUCGCCGAUUGGAACAUGCUCUGCAAGCCGACCUCCGACAGCAAGACGACCAUAACCAGCAGUGACUACGAGUACCACCACUACCACUCCCUCAAGUGUCUCCACGAGGGCGAUUCCUCGGGUGUCAAGAGUUCCAUAGAAAACGCGAGACUUAGUAUCAUCAAUUCUUUGAGGAACAUCAGCCUCGAGUGCAGCCAAACCAUCUACCCGAAGCUCUUGAAACUCCAAAUGUUGCGUGAAGUUGAAGAAUUGCAUCACAAGAGCAUUGAUCACUGGCCGGAGGUCAUCUCCGACUGGAGGCAACAGAACCUCUCGAACAUGAAUGACUUCCCAUACAUCGAACCCAUCCUUUCACAGAGGAUAGCAAUGUUUAAGAUUGGCCACAAAUCCGGUAGUGAUUUGUCUUUGAAGAAUUCGAUCGUUGAUACUUACCUAGAGCUGUCUCGAGUUGCGCAAGCCCAGGGCUACUUGCACAUAGCAGGACGAGCUUUGGAAUCCUUAGGAAGAACUCCGGAUCUCUCGGAGGAGAUGAAGGAUCGUCUGAACUAUCGAGAAUCUGUUCUCGCUUGGACGAGGAGUGACCACACGAUAGCUAAGUUCUUACUUCGAAACCUCAUCACGAAGCCUGAAAACAAGAUCAACCCGAGGUUGUUAUCUCUGAGUCUCGAACUCUGGGGCAAGUGGAUGGCGGAGACCAAAUCGGAGACUCCUCAAGUCAUCAAGGAGCAUUACCAACGAUCGAUCGAGAUCAUCCAGUCUAUCUCCUCUCCUACACUUGAAGACUUCAAGAACCUCAACAAUACAAGAGCUGCCCUUGCCCAGUUCGCAGACGCUCAGUAUGAGUACACCACUGAAUUCAUGAAGACACCGUUAUUUGAGAGCUUGAAGCAGACAGCUAAGUUCGUCAGAGAAGGAGGUUUGAGGGCGAAACCGAAAGGCGACAGGCAUGUUAUCUCCGCGAUGAACAAGAACGAGAAGACCGAUAAGAACGACUCGGCCGAGUACGAGAAGAUCCAGAAGGAACAGAGUAUGUACCUGACCCUGGCUGUCGAGUACUACUGCAAGAUUCUGAUCGACGACGACUACAACGACUUCUUGGUCUUCCGGCUAGUCUCUCUCUGGUUCAAAAACAUGGAACACGAGGGCCUGAAUGACAUCCUCGAGCAGUACCUCCACUUGAUCCCUAGCCACAAGUUCAUAGCAUUGAUCCCGCAGCUGGCUCCUCACAUCAGCACGGAAAGAAGUCUCUUCUCAACGAAGAUCAACUCUCUCAUCAGGAGAUGUGCGAAGGAACAUCCACACCACGUUCUUCCGGGCUUACUAUCCCUCCGCAAUACCAACAAAGAUAACGAAUUCCAUAGGAAGAUGACCUCCUCGGAAUCUGUCCGAGUCGACGCAGCUAAAAGUAUCCUCGAGGACCUCAUGCAGACCGACAUAAGAAAGAUCAUCGAGGAGAUGACGAGAAUGGCAGAAGCUUUGAUGAUGCUGGCUUACUACCAAUUCGAUAAAAAGCGUUCUGGAAUGGAGAUGAGGAUCCCUGAUAAUCAGCAGAUCCACAGGAUUAAGAACUUCCAGAACUGCAUGGUGCCGACGAUAAACCUACAAGUGCAACCUAAUGGCAAUUACAGCAAUGUUGUUGGCAUUCUGGAGUUCAAGAGGAGCUUCGAGACUUUGGGAGGGAUCAACGCCCCCAAGAAGAUCUACUGCGUAGGGAUGAACGGUGUCAUCUAUAACCAAGUGAUCAAGGUGGAUGCUGACAUCAAGACUGACAGCAUCAUGCAGCAGGUGUUCACUGUCAUGAACUCAAUGUUCCGGAGCUCGAAAGAAACGAAGCGGAGAAAAUUGAACAUCAGGACGUACAAGGUUGUCUCCCUAUCGCAGCAGUCGGGUGUUCUCCAGUGGUGCGACAAUACGAUCCCCAUGAGCUCGGUGCUGCUGGGACCUGACGGAUUGCAUGAGAGAUAUCAUGAGAGGGAUUGGAAGCCUGAAAAAUGCCGGGCGAUGGUCGAGAACGCGAAGAACAAUACAGAUCAGGAGCGACUUAGGGUCUACCUCACGAUCUGCGAGCACUUGCAUCCGGCGUUUCAGUACUUUUUCCUGGAGAAGUUUCCCUCACCCGAGACGUGGUUCGAGAGGAGGAUGGCUUAUGUCAGGAGUGUAGCGACGACAUCGAUGGUGGGGUACAUCCUGGGACUUGGGGACAGGCACUUCAGUAAUAUACUGAUUGAUCAGACGACUGCUGAGAUCGUGCACAUCGAUUUUGGAAUUGCUUUUGAACAAGGGAAGGUCCUGCCCAUUCCUGAGACCAUUCCGUUCAGGUUGACGAGGGACAUGGAGGCCGCUAUGGGGGUCUCCGGGGUCGAGGGGGUUAUGAGGAGGUGCUGCGAGGAGACUAUGGGGGUGUUGAGGGACAGGAGGGAGAUGAUUAUCACCCUACUGCAGGUGCUCAUUUAUGAUCCAUUGUUCUCCUGGAGCAUAUCACCGUACAAGGCGUACAAGAUGCAGAGCGAGGACUCGAGCAGAUUUAGCGACUCCGGGGAGCAAGACGUGAAGCCAACGAACAAAAUGGCGGAAAGAGCAUUAUUAAGAAUUGAUCAGAAGCUCCAUGGUACCGAAGAAGGAAUAGCCACGAGCAUCGCUGGACAAGUCGAGAGAUUAAUCCAACAGGCGAGAGAUCCUGCGAAUCUUUCGCGGAUUUUCUGCGGCUGGCAGGCGUACCUCUAAAUUGCUUUGUGAUAUAAAUGUUUAAUUACAUAUUUAAUACCCAGUGCUUGUUCUCAUUAUUUUUAUAUUCAACAUCGUUAUAUUUGUAACGUUCGAUUUCGUUAUCAUAAAGUUACAAUUUUAUCCUGGUGAUUAGCAAUAAAAUCUUUUCAUACUUUUUA